CAAACCACAUCUAAACUUUAUAAUAUUUACCAGUGUCGCUGUUCUUUCACAAUGUCUCUCCAGUGACGCGCAUCAUCUCGGAGACGAGAGUAACACAAUAUGGGGUAUGAAGAAAGAAUCAAUAAAUUCACAAUUCACAAUUAUUUAUAAUGUAUACGACACGAACACCUAUAAUUUACAGGUAGAUAAUACCUAAUUAAUACAUAACUCAGCUUUAUAUAAAUCAAAAUAAAUGAUUAGUGUACAGUAAUCCCAUCUAGAAUGACGAACCCACCCACCCCUGCCUGAAUGGACUCGACCGUCUUCAAUAUCCUGAAACUAUCUAUUAAAAGGGAAACAAAAACCCACACCCAACAAACUAGUGUGUACUUGUGUCAGAUACGUCUACAAGAACACGUGGCACAGUGGAAAACAAGAUUUUUGCAACUAGUAAUCUUUGCUUUCAUUACUGGCAUUUUCGAUUCCACCAGACUCUUUAAUAGUCAUCUACGACGAAGUGUGGCGAGAGAAGUCAACAUCAAGACUAUAAGCCAUUGCAUAAAAUGAAUGUGAAUAAACGUUACAUAAUGUGGUUCUUGGGUGUAAGCUGGCUCUUCUUAUGCAUUGCAUAUUAUCUACCCACAUCCAUGUAUCUUUCAUUCGUUCAACUGCACCACGAGGCUUGUCCAGACGUUCUCGGUGGCAUGAUGUCAGGCACGUGGAAAACACGAGAGCUGACGUCACAAGAGCAGACCGAAAUUGAUACUUUUAUCAAAUUCUGCAGAAAAUAUUUACCGGACAACUAUCAAAGGUCUGACUUAAAAUGCGGAAAUCUACCAUACAAAAAAACUGGUUUUCGUGUGUGGUUCCGUGUUUUGUGCAACCCCAAUGGACCAACGCCAUGUUGUUUUAAAUACAGAUGUGAGAACAAAACUGUUGAUGAAUGUAGGGGUCCUAAGACCUUUGACCUCCGAAAUCGCGUUCAUGCUGAAUACUCAAAAUGGCAGCCAACGGACAAGAGAUGUCCCGUGAAGAUAUUUGACUCUCAGAGCGCCUGCAACUUGCUGAAAGGGUCGACCAUCUACAUCUUUGGAGAUUCAUUAAUGCGACAAUUUUACACAUCUUUGUUAUUGAUUAUACGUGGUGACUUAAAGACAGGCGCCUUAAAAGCAAACACUCCUAAAGAAAAGAGAAAACAGUGUUCUGGGAUGUACAUUUACACUCACUAUGAAUGUGGUGGAUACAUCGAUUUUCAACCUAAAGUCUGUAAUGCCAGUCUAAAGUUGAAGUUUAGAUACUACACUUCGGUAAAGUCAAAUCAAAAAGCGUUGCAUGACGCCCUUCAACUCAAGGGAAAGAAAAAGUCCAUGCUCGUCCUAGGGAUCGGUCUUUGGGAUUACUUCAACUACUCCCUCAUUGUUAACGCCUACCUAGACCCAAUAGUACAAGCGCUUGUUAAACCUAGAAACAGCAGCUACAACGGCUGGCCAAAGAUUCUGUGGUCGGCUGCCCAAAGUCUCGGGGUAUUUAGAUAUCCACAUGUGAAAACUGUCGACAACUUGCACGGAAAACAAUUCAAUGUCAAAAUGGCGGCGUACUUACGUAACUUCAACAUUCCAAUCUUUAACGCGUUUAAUAUGACGGAUGGUGUUACGAGUAUAGACGGAACACAUUACGGAAUUGGACUGAAUAUGUGGAAAGCUCGAAUCUAUCUGAAUUAUAUACAGGAAUUGAAAGAUAAAGGACUUUGGUAAUGUUGCCCAUAUGUAUGUAUGCAUAUGCAGGUAGGUAGGUAGGUAUUUUACAUACACACACGCACACACUCACACACACACACACACAUAAACACACACAUGCACACACAUAUA